GCGCAGGCGCGGCCCUUCCCGGCGUGCUCAGCGCCGGCUGAUGGCGGCGGCGGCGCUCGGGCGGUUUUAAAUUGAAGAGAAAAUGUCACUUUACGAUGACUUGGGGGUUGAGACCAGCGAUUCCAAAACAGAAGGCUGGUCCAAGAAUUUCAAACUGCUGCAGUCUCAGUUGCAGGUGAAGAAAGCAGCUCUCACACAAGCAAAGAGUCAGAGAACAAAACAAACCACAGUCCUUGCUCCAGUGAUUGACCUAAAACGAGGCAGCUCCUCUGAUGAGAGACAGAUAGUGGACACACCCCCUCAUGUGGCAGCUGGGCUAAAGGAUCCUGUCCCUAGUGGUUUUUCUGCAGGAGAUGUGUUGAUUCCCCUGGCAGAUGAGUAUGAUCCCAUGUUCCCAAAUGACUACGAGAAGGUGGUGAAACGUCAGAGAGAGGAACGGCAGCGGCAACGGGAGCUGGAGAGGCAAAAGGAGAUUGAGGAGAGAGAAAAAAGGCGUAAAGACAGACAUGAAGCCAGCGGGUUUUCGAGACGACCAGAUCCAGAUUCAGAUGAGGAUGAAGAUUAUGAAAGGGAGAGACGGAAAAGAAGUAUGGGAGGAGCUGCUAUUGCACCACCCACUUCUCUGGUUGAGAAGGACAAAGAACCUGUAGCAUCAUUCCCAUAUGAGGAGGAGUCAAGACCUCGGGCACCUUCUUCCAAAGCAGCAAUUCCUCCUCCAGUGUAUGAUGAGCCAGAGAGACCUCGUUCCCCCACUGGACCCAGCAACUCCUUCCUUGCCAACAUGGGGGGGACAGUAGCUCACAAAAUCAUGCAGAAGUAUGGUUUCAGAGAGGGCCAGGGGCUGGGCAAACAUGAACAGGGGCUCAGCACAGCACUGUCAGUAGAGAAAACAAGCAAGAGGGGUGGCAAGAUCAUUGUUGGUGAAUCUACAGAGAAAGAAACAGGCAAGAAGGCAGAUUCCAACCCCUUGACUGAGAUACUGAAAUGCCCAACUAAAGUGGUCUUACUGAGGAACAUGGUUGGUGCUGGGGAGGUCGAUGAAGACCUUGAAGUUGAAACUAAGGAGGAAUGUGAGAAAUAUGGCAAAGUUGGGAAAUGUGUCAUCUUUGAGAUCCCUGGAGCCCCUGAUGAUGAAGCUGUAAGAAUAUUUUUAGAGUUUGAACGGGUUGAAUCUGCCAUCAAAGCUGUUGUGGAUCUGAAUGGAAGAUAUUUUGGAGGCAGAGUGGUGAAGGCUUGUUUCUACAACCUGGACAAGUUCAGAGUGCUGGAUCUGGCAGAACAAGUUUGAUUUUAAAAAUCUAGCUCGAGGUGUCAUUGUUUUGGCAAUCACGUUUUCAGCAGUAGGCUGGGAAUAAAGAAGAGAAAAGCAGCUUUCCUAGCAGACUGGAAAUGAGCCUCAUUGAAUGGAUUUUACACAUUCAUUGUGACUUAUGUUUUUUUGUAAUAUAAAGCCCUUUGAAAGUAAUAUUCACGUCUGUGUGGUUUUGAAUUGCACAUUUCUGCUUUCUGCUCUGGGGAUCCUGGUGUUUUUGAGCUUUCAGAUGACUUUGCUCUGUUGAAAGCCCACUGCUGAGGAGAUGCUUUGUCUGUGUUCUGCUUUCUUUGCUCUGGUGCUUCAUCAUGGAGUCCCUGUGCUGGAUCCACAAUAAGUGUGAAGCUUUGGACAAGGACUUGUGCUGUGAUCUUCUCCUCCCUGAUGGUCUUUCCUAGAGUUAGAGCUUUGCUCUCCUGAGUCCUCAUCUCUGCACAUCAGUGAUUUGGGUCGUUGGACAGUUGCAGCUGGUUUGUUCUCCUGACUCCAGGACAAAGCUUCCAUGCCAGAAUGGAGACUGAAGUAACAAGGAUUGAGUCUGUCUUCACAGAUCAAAAGAACAUCCAUGUCUAAUCCAGGGAAAUGGAAAGAGGAGGGAAUUUAAUGGACUCUUAGCAGGAACUCUGUGCUGUUGAGCAGCCUGUGCUGGGAAUUUCCAGGGAUAACUGAUUUCAGGUCUUUAGGUAGGGAGAAGGGAAACUCCUUCCUGGAUCUGGCCAGCUGUCAGAAUCUCACUUCUCUAACUCACAUAUAGGCAAGUGAAUUUGUUUAAUUAUAUCAAACCUGGCAUGUGCUCUUUCUGUUUAUAUUUCUGUAUUUGAGGUUAAAUACCAUUGGGGUUAGGCUUUCUUUUCCUUUUGGGAAGGAGUGCCUGUGGAAGUUUUCAUAGUAGGAGGCCAUGGAGGGAAGUUCUCAUGAAAAUCUGAAGAGUUGACAAACUAAACUACUAGACACUACUACUCUUAUUUCUAACUUGAUGUAAAAUAGUACACAGCUCUCUGCUCGUGGUUUUAUGUUUUGUUUGGGAACACUAUGUGACAAACAGUUGGCAAGAGGUGACUCUACAAUGGUGGCAGUUGUCCUUGUGCCCCAUUGCACCCAGAAUUGUGCAGACACUGAAGUAGCUGUGAGCUCUGAGGGCAUUUUAGCUGUUUGAAAGCUGAUGCUGGAUGUCUUCUUCCUGUUACACACAUGGACUGGGGGGAGGGGGGACAGACUGUAGUUCAACGCUGUGAAUAUCUUCAGUUCUUGCUCUUCUGUUGAGUUUUAGCUGCAGAUUUCUAUGACAAACUCUUGGGUUCUUGUGUUUUGCUUAUUUUGUCUGCUUGUAUUCCACCAACAUCUGUACAAACAUUUGCUUGUAAAACAAUUUUUUAAAAAAACUGGUAUUUUA